AUGGCGGCACGUUCUGAGAGCUCUCAAAAUGCACCAGGAGCGUCGCACCAUCUUGAGAAGGACGUUCGGCUCGAACCAGACGCCGAGGCGGUGGAGGAGAUUCUAGAAGAUGACGCGGAAGAUGCGGAGAAGAAACGCGAAACUACGCGGAAAGAGCGACGAGGGGAAGCGGAGGCGGCAAGGGAGACUGGUGGGAGGGAAGGUGGAGACGAGGUGGGGGAAGGGGAGGAAGGGGAGGAAGAGGAGGAUUGGGAAAGGGAAGAGCACCUAACGAUUGGUGAUAUAAUGAAUCGGGCAAUCGCGGAGCAAGCAUUCCCGGGAGGAGCAGUCGCCUUUGGCUCAUUCGAGGGCCCUGUUUUCCACGCCUCCUUCGGCACUUAUACUUAUGAUUGCAACAGACCCAUCACCUUGGACUCGCUCUGGGACCUCGCCUCGCUCACCAAGAUCAUGGCCACUGUUCCCGCUGCAAUGAUCCUCUACGAGAAAGGUCUAUUGGACUUACAAGCCCCAGUGCAUCGCUACCUACCUGCUUUCGGAGCAAACGGCAAGCAUGUGGUGACGGUGCAGAUGCUGCUGACGCACACCGCUGGGCUGAGGGAGUUCCACCCGUUCUUCGCCCUCCAGCUCUCCACUCGUCAGCAGGUGAUUGACUUUAUAAUGGCAGACCAUCUCUGGUAUCCCCAUAUAGUCACGACUCGCUACAGCGACCUCUCCAUGAUUGUCCUCGCUCUCGUCAUCGAGCGAAUCACAGGCUGCCACCUCAGCACGUUCGUGCACCGGGAGAUCUUCAGCCGGCUAAGCAUGACUAGCACGGCGUACCGACCAAUCCCAGGGCAGCACGCCAGCAUGGGGGAAGCAAGGGAUGUGGAUCCGCGUGUGGUUCCCACGGAAGUGGACUCGCUGCAUCGCAAGAAGCUGCUGUGGGGGGAAGUGCACGAUCCCACAGCAUGGAUCAUGGGGGGCGUGGCGGGUCAUGCAGGGCUGUUCUCGACCAUCCUUGAUGUCGCCAAGUUCGCGCGUUGCAUGCUAGCAGGGGGCACGGAUCCAACCACGGGGCAUCAGCUCGUGUCAUCACGCACUCUCCGCCUCUUCACCACGCCGCCCCCUCCUUCUGAUCAUAACCCUCGACCCUUUGCCCUCGGGUGGGACGUGGCAAGCAGAAGAGGCAAGGAUGGGUACACAUCAGCGGGUCGAUUCAUGGGCCCACGUACAUUUGGCCACACGGGCUUUACUGGCACUUCGCUGUGGAUAGACCCGGAUCGCAACACCUUUGUGGCGCUGCUCUCCAAUGCCGUGCACCCCUCCGUGGACACCCCUUCGGCCCUCACCGUUCGCGACGUGCGUCCUCUCAUCGCCAACGCUGCUGUCACCACGCUCGGCCAAUUGGGCCUCCCUCGGCGCACCCUCACCUGGCAUCUGGGCUCACAGUCACGCACACAAUCAGGCGCACAGACAGGUGUUGAGAGUGGUGACAAGGUCAGUGCAGAAACAGGCCCACAGACCGUAGAUGGCACAACAAGGGUACAAGCGGCGAGGCGAGCAGAACGAGGAGCAGGUGGAGCAGGAGAGGCAGGAUCAGGAGCAGGAGCAAGAGCAGGAGGGGCAGGAGGGGCAGCAGCAAGAGCAGGAGGGGCAGGAGAAGCAGCAGCAGGAGGAAAAUCUCGUGCAGACUCGAUAUUUGGCGUAUCUCAAAACUCAGCAGCACCAGUAGGGGAAGCACCUUGUGCACUGCCGCAGCCAUGCCGACCGGCUGUGGGUUGCGAAGCAGCAGGGGCGUGCGAGGCUCUAGUUGGGUGCCAAGCUGGUUGCAUGCGUGGAGCAACAGAGGCAUGCAGAUUAGGUUGUGUAGCCAGCAGGUUUGUGGCAGCAAGUGUCUGCUUGGAAACGAAGCAGCAGCAGCAGCAGCAGCAGCAGCAGCAGCAGCAGCAGCAGCAGCAGCAGCAGCAGCAGCAGCAGCAGCAGCAGCAGCAGCAGCAGCAGCAGCAGCAGCAGCAGCAGCAGCAGCAGCAGCAGCAGCAGCAGCAGCAGCAGCAGCGGCAGCAGCAGCAGCAGCGAGCUAUUCCUUGCGGUUAUGCUGGCGCUAGCCUGUUCUUGGAUUAUCUUGCCCGCUCCCCUUGUCGUUGCCUGCUGCUGGCACUGCGGCUAAGUUGA